AUGCCGAGGAGGGAAAGAAGGUUGGGUGUCUCAUAUAUCACUAAUGACAAAGAGCGUGAUGUCACCUUCUUUAAGAGGCGGUUUGGUUUGUUCAAAGGUGCCACCGACCUCUCCGUCGUCACUGGCGCUAGGGUUGCUGUCAUCCUGGAGACGGAUAGAGGAAAAAUACACUCAUUUGGUACGCCAUCUGCUAAGCCCAUUGUUGAUGCUUUUUUGUCAGGAGCUCCACCAGCAGCUCCAUUUCUCGAUGAGGCAAAAGCUUCUAAGAUUGCAUUACUGCAAUCUAAGGUGGCUCAGCUGGACAUGAAGAGUGCGAUGGAGGAUAAGAGAAACAAACUAUCCAUCCAACGUAUGAAGGAGAUCCAAGAUGAGAAUCCAGGGAUGGAGGCAAACCUUAUCUUCUCAAAGGAAGAAGAUCUCUGUCUAGAAGAUCUUAACAAGCUCUUCAAUGAACUAUCAAGGGCCCAUGAGGACAUUACAAGCCGACUACCUCCAUUGCAUCAUGGCCUCGAUGCAAAAAAUGGUGGCCUGAGCAUGAAAAGGAACAUGCUACCACCAAGAGAGCCAAAGUUGAAUGCCAUCCGGCAAAACAGUGACUACCCCAAGAUGACAUCCAGUGAAGUGCUUAGUGAAAUUAUUGCCAUGGAUAUCUCCAAGAAUAAUGCCGAUGUGCUUGUUGCUCUUCCCCACAAUGCACACAAGAACAAUCUUUUCUUGAAGUCCAAGGUGUCGGAAGAAAGUGAAAGUGAUGAGGACCCAAUGGAUUGGGUGCCUGAAGACAUCAAGUAA